GACAAGACGUCACACAAGUCACACACUCUUGUCGAAUCAAGUUAUGGCUAUAUGGUUACUGUGUAACUAUACUGUGUACACCCCUAGCGUUAGCAUAAAACUAGUGGUCUGCUACAUUAGGCCUUCUGUCAGCAGCUGAGGACUCGCUACGUCGUUAUAAAAGUAUAGGCUAAGCUAGAGGAAUAUGGAAAACAGACAUGUACUGUUUGGAGUGGAGAUAAGCUGGACAGCGAUUCUGACUGCUACAACAUGUGGAACAAGUGCCAUGGUCGUUUUGUUUAAAUGGUACCAGCAUCAGCAAAUAAAGAAGAAAAUUCAGAAUGCAAGAACCAGAAGAGAUGCGACGAUACAACGGGCAGCGUAUGCAGUCCGUCAGUUCAAAGAUUCGCACUCUGUCACAGACACUUCUCAUAUCCUUUCCUUGCCCCUGGCUGAGUUAAUCAAGAAACUAAAAGAUGGCUCUCUCAGUCCUGAAACUGUCUUCCACUCCUACAUGGAAAAGACCUUGGAGGUGAAUAAGAGGCUCAACUGUUGCACUGAGAUUCUACUGGAAAGUUUUGACCAGCUCAAAAAUAUUGGGUACUGCAAGGAAGGUCUUCUUUAUGGUGUCCCCAUCAGCAUCAAAGACAAUUUGGGAUUCAAGGGUCAUGACUCCUCAUGUGGUGUGGUCUGUAAAUUGGACCAGCCUGUUCCAGAGGACAGUGUGUUGGUGAAGGUUCUGAAGACACAGGGAGCCAUUCCCUUUGCCAAAACCAACAUUCCCCAAGGCCUUCUAAAUUACGACUGCAGCAAUCCCAUUUUUGGGCAGACUGUGAACCCGCACAAUUCUCUGAAGACUUCGGGUGGUUCCUCCGGGGGUGAGGGGGCUCUGAUUGGAGGUGGAGGUUCUCUACUGGGCUUGGGCACUGACAUUGGGGGCAGCAUCCGUAUCCCAUCAUCCUUCUGUGGCAUCUGUGGUUUCAAGCCCACAACAAAUAGGCUGAGUGGUCAAGGUGUUACCUCCUGCAGCAAAGGCCAGAAGGCGGUGUUGUCCUCCAUCGGGCCAAUGGCGCGAGAUGUUGACAGCCUGGCUCUAUGUAUGCAGGCGCUGCUGUGUGAUCACUUGUUCAAACUGGACCCCACUGUGCCACCCAUCCCAUUUAACCAGAAGGUGUACACAUGUUCCAAGCCUAUGAAGAUUGGUUACUUUGAAAGCGAUGGCUACCAAAUGCCAUCUCCUAGCAUGAAACGAGGCCUGAGGGAGACCAAGGCCCUGUUAGAGAGAGCUGGCCACACGUUGGUGCCUUUCAGUGUUCCCAGGUUGAGCUAUGCCAUGCAUGAGCUUGUUAUCAAAGGUGUCCUUGGGGACGGAGCCAACACCCUGCUAAGCCACUUGAAGGGUGGUCCAGUAGACCCUUGUUUGAGACCACAGACUGUCACAUACAAUCUACCCCACACUGUGAAAAAAAUCCUCUCUGUUCUCCUGAAACCUCUGUUUCCUCGAGUAGCUGACUCUCUGGGAGCCACUUGUGGUGUUAGCUCUGUACAGGACAUGUGGAAAACCCAGGCUGCUAUAGAGGACUACACCCAGGAAAUGAUAGCUGAGUGGAGGAAGUGUGAAAUGGACGUGUUGCUCUGCCCAAUGCUAGGACCGGCCUACAACUUUUUCAACUGUGGGAAGCUCACAUGUGCAGUAUCCUACACUAUGAUCUACAAUCUAAUCAAUUUCCCAGCUGGGACUGUUCCUGUGUCUACAGUCACUGCUGAGGAUGAACAAGAGCUCAAACGCUACAAGGGGCACUUUGGUGAUCCUUGGGACAAACAAUUUGUAAAGGCAGUGACCGGUGCUGAGGGCCUGCCUGUGGCCGUACAGUGUGUAGCCCUGCCCUGGCAGGAUGAACUCUGCCUACGGCUCAUGAAGGAGGUGGAGCGACUGGUCAAGGAGAACAAGUGAGGAGGGAGAGUCAGGAGUCACAUGGAGUCAGGUGGCUGAGCGGGUAGAGCAUCGGGCUGGUAAUCUGAAGUUUGCCAGUUCGAUUCCCGGCCAGUGCACAUGACGUGUCCUUGGGCAAGGCACUUCACCCUACUUGCCUCGGGGAGAAUGUCCCUGUACUUACUGUAAGUCGCUCUGGAUAAGAGCGUCUACUAAAUGUAAAAUGUAGAGAAGGAAGGCGCCUUGAGUACAAUUCUACUCUAGGCUUAUGAGGUGCACAACGAGAUGCUCCAGAGGACUUGAUAACGGAAAGAGGAAAAGCAUAGCCUAAAGCAGUCAAAAGCACUAUUCACUAUCAGUUUGAAUAUCAUUCGAAACACACUGUAAAUCAAGUUUCAAGAAAUUUAAAUGUAAAUCAAGUAAAGGGAGACUUGAAAUCAAUAGAAAGGAAUUGAAUGUAUUUAAUAAUAAUAAUACAUUGCUGCUGUGUAUAUGUAUUUUGAUUGAUAAAAUAACUAACCAUAUUUUUGGAUAUAAACCAUAUCGAUAUCAUUUAUUUAAGGUUCAAAUUAAAUCUUGUAUUAAACUUGUUAUAAUAAUGCAUUUACUAACUCAUUGGAUUGGAAAGUGAAGCUGAGACAAUAAAACUUAGUCAACAAGAAAAUACUUUUGAACAAUUGAUCAUUUUACAUUGCUUAAUCUUAAAUCAUUGUUUUAAAUUAGUACAUUUAGAGAUGACUUGCAUCUAACUACACUCAUUAAAAAACUCUCAUCAGAAAUAUGUUACUGCAAGUGCCAAGGUAUCUAACCGUAUUUGUUUUUACUUUUAUAUCCAAUGUAUCUAAUUGUGUAUUUUAAAUCAAGUCUCCAAACUACAAAUUUUACCUUGACGUGGAAGAAUCUGCAAAUUGUAUGUAUUUUAAUAGAUAAUGUUCAUUUUUGCAGAGCAAAAUGCAGUUCACUGUCACAUAAAAAUCCCAAAAAAUUGAAUGGUUGUACGUGAAAUCUAUGCACAUUUUAUUUUAUUCGAAAUAAAGACAUUGAUAUCGAAACCUUUUGUGCAU